ACAAACGGCAGGAGAACAGCAGCUUCUCUCUCCUUUUAUAAAUUCCAGAGUAUUAUCAAUUAUGGCUUAGACCUUAAAACAAUCACGAUUCACAGGUUUCACGAGCAAUUCUGAAGUUACACUAAAUUGAAUUGAAGUCAUGGCCGAGACCUUGAGAGAAGAAGAACCUACUGUUGUUAGUGUAAAUACAACGAAGUCGAAGUUGAGAUAUCCCCUACGAUCGGCGGUCAAAUCGAAGGCGGAGAAGGUGCCAGUGGCUGAAUCUGCGAAUUCUUCUGCCAGUAGGAGGGGAAGAACUGAAGCACCUACAAGUAAAAGUGUGAGUGUUCUUGAUCUGUCAGGCAAGGAAAAAGCUGGUAAGCCACCUAGAAGGCUCUCUGUUCCUGCUAAGUCAACAGUGGGUUCAGUUCCAAAAGCAGUUGGCAACAUCACUCCAAUUUCCGAGACCAGAGCUAAGCGAUCGGUUAACGCACAGGGGAGAAGUGAAACUCCUCUAUCAGAUGUUUCCAGAGCAUCAAGCCGAAAAAGGUUUAGUGCUCUGUCAUCAGCAUCAUAUUGGCUUUCGCAGAUUAAACUAUCCGAAUCUGCUGCUAAGCACUCAGUUUCACUGGGGUUUUUCAAACUUGCCUUGGAAGCUGGAUGUGAGCCUCUUCAGAGAAUGCGAGAUGAACUCAAAUCUUAUGCUCGCCGUCAUAACCUGGGUGUACUGGGAGAAACUGUUAAAGAAUUAUUUGAGAGCUAUAAUAUAACAGAAACUUCAGAGCAAUUGCAAGUUUCUGAAGCCUUUUCACAGGUGCCUGAAGAGGGAACUCGUUCAUCUGAUGAUGAGGUUCAUAGCUCUUCUUCUACAGACAGAACAAGGAAACUAAAACCCAAGUCCUUGAACACUGAUGCUACUCAAGUUUCCACCGUCCCUGUAUCAUCCAAAAAGGAGGCUACCACAAAGAAAAAUCCUGCAACCGGUAUCAGGGCAUCUUUGAGUAGGAAUUCUGGAAAUACUAGAUCAGUUCCAGAAACAGGAAAUGCGAAGACACAGAAGAAACCACAGAAGCCUACUAAGGGGAAGGACAGUAAUAAACAGAGAAAGAAGUCUACUGAGGAAGAAGGUACAGUUAGCCCAGCACUUUCAGAGGAUAAAGUUGAAGGGAACAAAGAAAAUAUGUGCAGGAUUCGACGCCAGUGGAAGAUAUCUGUGUCUGACUGAGUGAUAUCGGCAGACACUUCAAUCCAGAAACGCCGGAUCAUAUCAUUGCAUACAAUUUUAGAGUUUCUUCAGUGUUUGGUUGUCGGUGGUUUCUUUUGUAUAGGGAGUUUUAAGGUUGUGUGUCAUUCUGGUGUGAAGAAAAGGUAAUUUUUUAUUUUGUUUGUCUUUGGAUGGUUUUUAACUGAAAUUGUGUCUAGUAGUAUAGAGUAUAAAUUGUAUUUGAAAUUUUCAUGCUUGUUUGUUUUUCUUCUUAUAUAGUACUUAUUUGGAUCUGAUUUUAA